CAGAGACUAAGGCUAAAUUAUCAACAUGGCUUUCUCAUGAACACACACGGGAGAAACUUUGAAAUCAUGUGUUGAUAUAACUUAAGAUCGCUGGAUAGUCAGGAUGCGGACAACAAAUAUGUGCGAUAAUGAGAACGAUUACUUCGAGGAAGAUGAAGAAGAUUUGUUGGAUGGACAAUUACCUGUUGUCUGCAAUCAAAAUCGUCAUUUACAAAAGAUCGAAGGGUCGCCUAUGAUCACCCAGACAUGGAGAAUGAAAGAACGGAUGAAAACAGUCAGUGUAGCUCUUGUACUGUGUCUGAAUAUUGGUGUAGACCCACCUGAUGUUGUGAAAAUAUCCCCUUGUGCAAGGCUUCAGUGCUGGAUAGAGCCUAAUCCCGUGAAUGCACAGAAGUUCUUGGAAGCCAUUGGGGCAAAUUUACAAAGACAGUACGAACGAUGGCAACCCAAAGCUCGCUACAAGCAGUGUUUGGAUCCCAAUGUGGAGGAAGUGAAAAAGCUCUGCUUGUCAUUAAGACGUAGUGCCAAGGAAGAGAGAGUGUUGUUCCAUUAUGGUGGUCAUGGUGUACCUAGACCAACUGUUAAUGGAGAAAUCUGGGUCUUCAACAAAAGUUUUACACAGUACAUUCCCUUAUCCUUGUAUGAUUUACAAACGUGGAUGGAAAGUCCUUCCAUUUAUGUAUUUGACUGUUCCAAUGCGGGUAUUGUUGCUGAAUCAUUCAAAGCCUUUGCAAAACAAACUCCACCUGAAAGGAAUGAGUCUCGAUCUGAAGGUGCACAUAGUGGGGCCUCAGUCACCGAUGAGUCCACUACCACGUCUUCAACAGGGUCCUCUUCAUCUCAACAGCAGGCUCCUUUCAACUGCAUUUUGCUAGCAGCCUGUGGCAAGAACGAGUUGUUACCUAUGAAUCCAGAGCUUCCUGCAGAUCUUUUCACUUCUUGCCUGACAACACCUGUCCGAAUGGCUCUUCGCUGGUAUGUUCUGCAGAAUUCUAACAGACUUGUACCAAGUCUGACUUUGGAUAUGGUGGAGAAAAUUCCUGGCCAGCUGAAUGACAGACGCACCAUGCUUGGAGAGCUGAACUGGAUUUUUACCGCCAUCACUGACACCAUUGCGUGGUACACGUUGCCUCGGGAUUUGUUCCACAAGUUGUUCAGGCAGGACCUACUGGUGGCAAGCCUGUUCCGGAAUUUUCUGCUGGCAGAACGCAUCAUGCGGUCCUACAACUGCAUUCCCAUUUCUCUGCCAAAGUUGCCUUCGACAUACCAGCAUUCUAUGUGGCGAGCCUGGGACUUGGCACUAGAUCUGUGUCUUCAACAGCUCCCUCUUGAAGGAGAGGGAGACGGUGCUGUGUUCCAGCACUCUCCUUUCUUUGCAGAGCAGUUGACAGCAUUCCAGGUGUGGCUCACAUAUGGAUUUGAGAAAAGAGAGCCACCUGAACAGUUGCCUAUUGUAUUGCAGGUGCUUCUCAGUCAAGUGCACAGGCUUCGGGCUUUAGACUUGCUUGGUAAAUUUGUUGACCUUGGACCAUGGGCAGUUAAUUUGGCUUUAUCUGUGGGAAUUUUCCCAUACGUGUUGAAACUGCUGCAGAGUCCUGCUCGUGAACUCCGACCUCCACUUGUGUUUAUCUGGGCUAAGAUAAUGGCUGUGGACAGUUCAUGUCAGGUUGACCUAGUCAAGGAUAAAGGCCAUUUAUAUUUUCUGUCUGUACUGGGAGAUCAGUAUAUGCCAGCUGAAUAUCGCACUAUGGCAGCAUUUGUUUUGACAGCCAUCAUGAAUGACUAUCGACCUGGACAGGCAAUCUGUUUGAAAGAUAAUGUCAUCGCCACCUGCCUUGAGCAACUAAAUGACAGCAGUGGUGAACUGCGACAGUGGCUGGCCUUGUGUUUAGCCAAGGUGUGGACAAACUAUGACAAUGCUCGCUGGUGUGGGGUGAGAGACAGUGCUCACGAGAAGCUGUACAAGCUUCUUUCUGAUCCAGUUCCUGAAGUGAGGGCAUCGGCUGUUUAUGCUCUAGGGACAUUCAUUUUCAACGGUAGUGAACGAAGUGACCAUGCCAACAGCAUUGAGCUGGGCGUGGGCAUGAGUCUUGUACAAUGUGCCGCUGAUGGAAGUCCUCUGGUCAGAAAGGAGCUUGCUGUGGCCUUUGGUGGGCUCGUUGAAACAUUUGAAGCACAAUUUGUUGUGGUGGCUGCCCGGAUUGCUGAGGAGGAAAAGCAGAAAGAUCGAUCAUCCCCAGUCAUUGUAGGAGAAACGUCGGGUGGGUGGAGUUUAGUGGCACAAGCACAGCCUUCUGGGAUAGACAGCGCCAUCAUGGGCAGCAGUGGAAUGAAGCGCAGCUCAUCUCGCACCAGCGUCAGAAGUUUGCUUUCAUCCUCUGGCUCAGGCCAGUUCCUACCCUUCCACCCUUCAGCCUCCACCACCAGCCUGGAGCCCAGUGAUGCCAAUGCUGCCUUUGGUCAGUCAGUCAAUCUCCGGAGGUGUUCAUCAGGGACUUCCAUUGCAGGAGGCACGGCUAUUUCUCUUCCCUUCAACAAUGUGUACACAUCAGUAUGGCGAUCACUUAUUCUUCUGGCAGCUGAUCCUCACCCUGAGGUAUCAAAACUGGCAAAGGAGAUGGUCAGCUUCAUCAAAGACAGAAUUCACCAUCCACGCCCUCCACCAGGAAUGAACAUAAUGCACAUGUCCAGUCCAGCAUGUUUGACUGGAAGCCCAUCCAGUCGGCCAGCCAACAUGCGACAUGGCACUCCACCUCCCAAGAACCUCAUGUCUCAAAGCCAGAGUGCUGUCCCUCAGAACCCUCCCUCCCCUGCGCAUAAUGCUAUGAUGACCACAGGUGCCCAACAUUCCAUACAGUUUCCACUUCAUCGGAAGGUGUUUGAUAAAGGACCUUCACAGUCUGAGGAAAAGGACUCUGAAGAGGGGGUUUUGCGUCAGCUGCCCUCAGAAACACAGCUGUUUGCAUGGAGUUGUCUCCACUUUGUGAAUCCAUUAAUGCGAAUUCCUGCAGACAAGGACCCUGAGAGUUUGGCCUACCACCGGCGACAGUUCAAAUAUCUACGGAAUUCUCGUGUUAGGGCACGAGCUCGCUAUGACCAGCAUAGGGCAGGCUUCAAUCGUUUAGAUGACCAGAUCUUUGUCAAUCGUACAUCUUCUCUACCUAGUUUGCUGGCUUUUCAUCCAUACGAAAACUUUCUGUCUGUGGCUGAAAAGGACACCGUCAGCAUAUGGGACUGGGAAAUGGGCACACGGAAAAGUCUGUUUGUAAAUGGUCAUCACCGCACUUCUCGGGUCUCCUCUGUUGAAUUCAUGAAUCCUCAUGACGAUACAUUGCUUCUGUGUGGGUCUGAUGAUGGGGCAGUGAGGAUAUGGCGCAAUUUUGAGUCAGAAGAACCAGGAAAAGAACUUGUGACAGCUUUUCAGGCUAUAACUGAUAUGCUGCCCCUUCAGAAAGGAGCUGGUCUAGUGACACGAUGGGAGCAGGAGAGCUCCACACUGUUUUGUGCUGGGGAUGUGAGAGUCAUACGUCUCUGGGACAUGCAGACAGAAGCACGAAAACAGGACAUACCAACAGGAGCAGACAGCUGUGUUACAAGUCUGGCAAGUGAUGCUUCUGGAAGAUCGCUCCUCAUUGCUGGCUGUGGGGAUGGCACUGUACGACUGUUUGAUCGGCGCCUUGCUCCCACAGAAUGCCGUGUGAUGACUCUGCGGGAGCACAGUAGUUGGGUCUUGAAUGUUCAUCUGCAACGUGGGGCUGAGGGGAAAAUCAUCAGUGCAAGCGUAAAUGGAGAUAUUCGAUUUUGGGAUCCACGUUUCACAGAAUCAGUUCGAGUCCACAAUACACAAGCAGGCUUCACAGCAGUAGACAUUCAUCCCCGGGCAGACGUUAUAGCAUGUGGUGUACUAGGACAGAUGAUCAACGUAUACAAUGAAAGUGGAGAUGUGCUUAGCACCAUCAAGUAUCAUGAGGGGUUCUUGGGUCAGCGCAUUGGCACAAUCAGCUGCUUGGCUUUUCAUCCACAUCUUGUGAAAUUGGCUGCAGGCAGCACUGACUCGUUCAUCUCUGUCUACUCAACACCCAUGUCCAAACGAAUUUGACCUGCAGUCAGCAGCUAGUUAUACACAGAUUCUUUUGAGCUGGUCAUGUGCCAGGUGAGAGGCAGGCCUCUAGAUAUGUGUCUUUGACAGAAACUUUAAGAACAGAGGAUGGAGAGAAAUAUAAGAGCAAGUGAUGGUGUUGGUGUCACACAUGUAGAUACUGACAGAAGCACUUCGUAUUUAAACAGAAUGGGAAUUUUUGAUGAACUACUUUGUUAUUUUGUAUUGUGAGUGAAAGCACAAAUUUCCAACUUAGAUUUGGUGAGCCAUUAUGUAACCAAUGGAGUGAAGAGACUGGAAUGAAAACUGCUAACUGCCAUGCUUUUUAUGGCAAAAAGUAGAUGGGAAGAUGUUCAACUUUGUCAAACUCUGACCACUGUUAAUUUGAUAUGCUAGCCUGAAGAAUCCAUAGCUUGCACCUUUUUCUGUGAUGACCAACCAGAGAGCAGGAUUUGUUAAGAUAAGCUUUGUCUCCAUAGAACCAUGCUACAGUACAGUGCCCAUGCCAUUUUGGGAAGUACUGACAUCAGGUAAAGUGAUUAUCAGAAGAUGGACGGCUCUUAAAAGCCAUACAUCUUAGUGUCUUAUCUAAACAUUAUUCAGGCUUAGAAGUUCAUGUAAAAAGGGUUCGCCCUUGGGCAUCACUUGCAGUAACCUGAUUUGAUCCCAGUUGGUGUGUUAAAGGUGGAACUUCUUCUGGCCAGCAGAAGAGAAUGGUAUAGCCCAUGUGAGGGAAGGUUGGAUUACAUGCGGUUCUCACUACUAGUGUCCAGUCGUCUCCAAUUACUGGACAAUAGGCAGGGUAGACAUCACAGACACUGCCAACUAGCCUAGCAAUAAAUCGUCUUCCUCACCCGACCAGUACUUGCUGUAGGGUCUGAGCGCUGAGUCGAAAUGACUUCUGUCUUAACAUGCUAUCAUAUAACAUGGCUGAAUGUAUUCUCCACAAACAAACAAAUAUAGAAUGUAUAAAGAAGAGAAGGAUGAACUGAAUUUUUAAACUUUAUUUUUAUUGCUUUUUUUAAACUUUCUCUAUAUCUUUUUUUCUUUUCUUCCUCAUAAGUGGAGAUAUCAAUAUUCAGUUUGUAUUGUUCAAUGUUCAAUACACCAGUAAACAUGAUCCCCAACCGCUGCUGUCUUGUCACUGAGCUGAGGGUGCCAUGUCUGCUGAGGUUCACUUUGCUACCUUGCGCCAAAGAUGAUUAGCACAUGCCCAUCCAUUUUUGACAUCUUUACUUUGAGCAAAGAGAUGCGAAAGACUGAAUGUGCAUGAGUGUGCUCUACAGUGUCAUUUCCGCUGUUCAUCUUUUUCUUCUUUUGUGUGUUUUAUGGAGAACACAUUCAGUGGGUUACUGCCUAACCCUGACUGUAUGUUCAGUUGCAAACCAUUUCACCUCAGCUUUCUAAACACCAACAGCCAGUACUCAGCUGAGAAAGUUUUAUUGCUAGGGUAGUCAGCACUGCCUGUGAUCCUGCCUUAGGGUCGGGAUAGCAGUUAGGGAAAACUGCUUGUAAAAAAGUCAGCACCAUGUGUACUCCUACCUUCCCUUGCACUGGCAAAACCAUUUUAAAUAAAGCCCACAAGAAGUUCUGCCUUUAAGUACAAGUAUUGCUCGGAGUUAUUCAUUUUUACAUCAAAUUCCAAGGCCAAGCCAUGCUAUGGAUUUUAAUGCAAAGGAGUUAAAAUUACUAAUCAACUUCUGUUGAUGCAGUGGGAUGUUAACAUUUUUUAAUUUUCAUGUAAUUAAUCAUUUGUGAUCAAGGUCAGGGACUAAGCAAUUUUACAAAACUAUACCUUAUUGAAGUACUAACUAUAAAAAAGUAAGAUUUGCCAUUGGGAAAUAAUUAGGCAUGAUGUGCAUUUUGAAUGCAGGAGAUAUUUCCUCUGCUUAUUGUUAUUAGCUAUAAGUAUGAAACACCAUUUCAGAACUGGAAUGCAGAUGCAUAUCUGAAAUCUAUAUAAAGGUGUGACAUUUAAAAUAAUAUUAUGAGUGUGAAAAUUACAUAGUUUACUGGUCUUAGUAGGAUAUGGUUUGAGUAUUGCUACCUACAUUGUUUGAAUGGUUCUCGUUUUACAGAGGAGUUAUGCAAGUAAAGCUCCACACAUCUCCCACAGAUAGUUUAGCCAGUCAGUAACAAAAUCUAGUCUUCGGGUUUUUGUGCAUGAAAACUAUAAAUCUCCCCCAGCCUUUCAGAAUAUAUCUUCCCCUGACCUGCAGCCUGCCCCCUCAGAAAAUAUUUCUUCCAUCCCUCCUCCUUUUUCACUGUUCAUUCUUCCUUCUUAGGAUUUUAGCAGGACAUACUAGUUUGUUUUUACUUUUACAGACUCAUCCUUUUACUGCUCAGGUAAAUUCAAAUAACAGAAGUUUACCCUAGGUUGCAUCUUGUUUGGAUGGCAUGCAUACCAAUGGCAACCUCAAAAGAAUCACAUGUUGACCUGUACAGUUUUCAUGGGUUUGGCAAUGUCUAAUUUGUAAGGUGCAGUGUGUUGAUGUAUGCUUAAUUUUUAUUUUUAGAAACCAAACUAGGUCCGUUUAGAAAUUUAUUUUACUUAUUAUUUGUUAUACAGUGGCAUCUCAUUGCAUGUGUGAUAGGUAAAUGCCUUUUUUUUCAUCACAUGCUGUAAUUGCUUCAGCUGGUUCUCAAAAUGGCAAGCACAUUUUGCCACUUUAUUCAGUAGCAUGUUCCUACAGAGUGGACUGUCAUAUAUACAUAAGCAGGAGAAAGAGAGAGAGAGUGCAUGCCUCCCAGAAUGUCUUUGAAUGGUGAAGAUGAAACAAAGCAAAUAGUGGCAUUUAUCAUUUGUCAGAAACUUGAAAGUUAUCGUGAAUUGUAUGCAUAUGUAAACCUCCUAACACGACAAACAGAUGAAGAUAGAAAUAUAAAGAAAUAGAUUUUUUUUGUGUUCUUAGUGCUGUGCUAUAUAUAAGAGAAAUAAGACUGUGCAAUGAUAUUCUUGAAAAACAAAUUUCUUACAGGUACAGUGCAUCAUGCAUCUUGUGGAAGGUAGAACUCUGAGAUAAAAUGUAGGAAUGUAAAUUGACAUUCCUUAUAAGGAUUCAUUUUUAAUCCAUCAGACUCCAACUGCUCCACAAAGAUCAAAACAAAAUAAAGCACACAGGCACAACAUGUUUUGUUAACAUUUGAGAACCAAUUUGAAACAUUAUAGACCAGUGGCUAGCAAUUUGUCCUAACAUAUAAGCAGAGGUAACGAAUAAUUUUCUAUUAUCUGUAUCAUUUUGAUGACUUUUAAGACUUAGUGACAGAUAUUUUGUCCAGACAUAAAUCACAAAUAUGGCGUUUCAUAUUAGAAAUUCUCAAAUGUGACCUUUUUCAGUCAUUUUUACUUCUACAGAAAGCAUAAACUCAACAAUGAUGCAGAGAAAUGAAUGUUAGGGUUAUGAUUGUUAUGUUAAUAGUUAAAAUGGGCGUGAAAAUGUAGUUACAUUUUUGUUUCUAUAUUAAAUUUACCUGUAAAUCAUGUAAAAAUGAUCUGAUUAAUAGGCGAAAUGUUAAUGUCAGCUGUAUGCAACAUUUCAGAAGUCUUUUUUUCUAAGUAUUAACAUAGGUCACUUUCAAAAUUGUUUUUAUAUAUCUAGUCAUUUUUCCUAGGUUUCAUGUAAGGCAGAAUAGUCAGGGACUUGAGAAAAAAGCAUAAUAACAAACCAUUGCAUUCUUUGCCCAUCUAAGAUUAACUAUCUGGCUUGUACCAAUUUUUAUGGUGGUGUGUAGGGGAAAUAAAGUGUGCAGCAGUGUAGAUCUCAGUUCUUGACUUUGUAGCUGCAGUAAUAACAUGCACAUUACAAUGAUUAACUUUUGAAUCUGUUUGGUCCUGGAAAGGACAUGUUUAUUGUCUGGUGUUGCAUUUAUGAUUUAAUGAGUGACAUUGCCAUUUUUACUCCAGUACAUUUCUUUUGGUGACAUUUUAAAUUCAGUGGUUUUUGAUAGUAUUGCAAGGAAAAAAAAAUUGAUGUAACUUGCUUAUCCUAUGCAAGCAUAAAUUGGACUAAGCAAUCUGGGAGAGCUGAUGGUCAUUUAUUUUUCAUUUGUCUAGAAGAACUCUGCCUAUUGAUGAUUUUGUUUGGAGUCAUUUUGGAAGCCAACAUUGAAGAACUCCAAGCAGCCUCUUACUGAGCACAAUUCUCAUACCUGGAUAGUGGACCUAUAAGGAAUAAUACAUAAUGAAGUGUUCCUCCUGGCUACAAGCGUUUUCUUUCAUGUUGGCUAAUUGGGUUUCUUAGCAACAAAAUAAAAUAAGACUGUAAAUGGUCAUUGAUACAUCUCUUGGCAGGUUCUUCAGUUACAGAUGUUACCUUAGGCCAUGCUUGCAAUCUAGUAGAGAUGUGGAUGCUACAGUGUGAAACGUGGUUAAUUAUAUAUUUAACUUAGAAUACAUGGAUAUGGUUGCAAAGUGGUUGGUCCACAAUUGUACAUAAUGUACAAUGGUUUAAGUUCAUGGCAUAAUCGUUUUUGUACAGAAUGAAACCAUUGUGGAGCAAUGCAAUUUGUUUGAUCAUUAAACAAUUUUGUGUCCAGUAA